AUGGCCACAGAUCGCUUCGCUCUGCAAGUUAAGUGCCUAAAGCAAAGCUUGGAGCUACUGUGUCACAGAUGCUCCCAUGGGUUCUACCAGCCCGAUGCUUCAGAAGACGAGGAUGAUUCUCACAAGGGCCCCACCUUCAACCCUGAGCGGGUCACUGCGCACUGCUUCCAGCAGUUCAAGCGGAAGGACUUCCACCUGCCACAGAGCCGCCGGAGGAUCAUCAUCCUGCCGCCCAAGAAAGGCUGGACACCUGGUGGUCCCCCGGCCCAGCCCCCCUCUCCCCCACAGCCCCUCUCCAGCUACAAAACCUUGGAACCUGAAAAUAUCCAGGAGCAGCCAGUGGACAGGGCGACCUGGCUCAGCCAGAGGUUGAAGCUACGGAAACAGCUGGAGUCGAUGGGCAACAUGAAGCGGUGGUUGGAUGGAAAGGCUGACGUCACGCCUUCAGAGAGCAAGAUCUUACAGGACAUCCAGGAGCUGCACAACGCCCGGAUCAUGAGACGCUUGAACCGCCUCAGGACCGCCAUGAAAAGACCCAUGCGAGUCGUGCACCACCCAGUGCCCAAGCUCCGGCUGCCCAAGCCCCCCUCCCUGUCCGUCCUGUACUCCUUCCUGCGCAAUCACAGGAUCAAGAUUGGGGACAUAUUUGAGAACUCGGACCACAACGAGAGCCAGAAGAUCUCCAGGGAGGAGUUCAUUAUGACGCUGAAGGCAAUCGGUGUCGGCCUGAAGACCCAGGAGGUAGAAGACUUGGUAGUCUACCUCAGCUCUCUUGGGAAACAGAAUGCCAUCACCACAGACAUCUUGAACAGCACCUACAGGCAAUGGCUCACAAGCCAGCCGAAGUUCUCGAAGGCCCAGAUUCUGGACUUGCCUGUGUGCAAAGCUUCCCCAAAGAGGCCUGCCAAGAAGCCCGUGAUGGUCUCACACCAUGAGCCCCCUAAGAUGGACCUGCUGCAGGUGCCCAAGAUUGACACAAGGGUGGAGUUCCGUCCUCUGACGCUGGAGGAGAUGGAGGACGUGGGCAAGCGCUACCGGGAGCGGAGGCGGCACCGAAAGAUCCCCAUCCCCUCCAUCCAGUACUCGGAGUGCUGCCGCCUGGUGCGCUGCGGGAAGAAGCAGUUUGAUGAGCACUGCCUGCCGUCCACCAUCGCCGGGGACAUGAAGGAGUUCAUCAACAAGGCCCGCAGGGACGCCUUCCUUGUCUACCUGGGGUGCUGGAAGGAGUGCGAGGCCUACGGCCUCCCCCUGACAGAGGACAUCCUCAUGAGAGCGCUGCUGUACCCCGGAGACAAGAUUGUUUACCAGGAUGAGCAAGUGAUCCCCAUCCGGCAGCCUGGAGGAUACUACAAGGACUGGCUCCUCUACCCUCUGAGUGCGGCUGUCCUCAAGGCCCAGGACCUCUGCAAGGCCAAGAGGAUGGACAAGAAAACACCAAAAAAGAUGAAGAAAAUGGACUUCAAAGAGUUUGAAGACUUUGCGGGGAAAUUAAAGAAGAGGACCGACCAUCGUCAGCUCACCCACCCCAACUCCUUUUGGCCUGGUCAUCUGCUAGAUAAGCUUCGCCUCUACCUGCCGCUUAUGGCCAAGGAAGAUGGAAGGCUGGCGAUCUUCAGCUGUGUCCAAGAAAAGCGUCCCACUUACCCUGCCAGCCACCACUCUGACCGCUGGUGGCCGCUGAAGGACAGAAAUUACAUUACCUAUGGCCAUCAUGAUGCUACGAAAGUAUAUUUCAUCAACUAGAGAGGCUGUACCCCAUCAUCCAGGCCAGAGGUGGGGUACCCUGCCCCAUAAUGCUAGACCCAUGAGUCAAAGAGUCAGACCACAGAAGUUGUUUUGUGGUUGCUCUGGGGCCAGCUCCCCCUGAGCACCCCUAAAAUGUCUCGAUAGAUCCAGGGAAGGACACACAGGUUUUCAUGGCUUCCCUCUCCUUUCACAAUAAACUAUGGUGGCAUUUUU